AUGUCCAUCGUCGACAACUCUCCCCGCUCGCCGUUAUUAUCUACCGUGUCGUCGCCCAGCCCGGUGUUGGAAGAAUGGCAAAGACCCACCCCGUACUCGGAUCUCGACUUCGACAUUAUACGCACAAUCAGGGCCUACAAUGCUCUCGCCGAGGAGCCUCAAACGACCAUCGCUGCUGUAAAGCCAAAGCCGCUACUUCCGGAGCAGCAUUCGAAGCUCGCGCUGCGCUGCGAACCACCCCAGGCCCGAGCGACAGGUCGUAAUGUGGACCUAGUCUGGAUCCCACCGCCGGUGCCCGAGCGGGUGCAGAAGCCUGGACGUCGCGUGCAAGGCUCCGUCGGGGUCCGCUUCCUGGAUAAGGAGAAUUCAGUGGCACCGAUAGGGAGCGCAACGAGGGAUACAGAAUCUACUCGGCGUCGCACUCGUCUCUCUUCCUUCUCCCACUCCACCGGUGCACAAGCACGGUCUCCAUUCAGCAAGCCCACAACAGCACCACCACCUAAGGCUCCCCCAAAGCGCACAUCGGUUGUUCUGCCGCCCGGCAACAUCCACCAUCGCCUCAGGCAGCACCUGGCAAUCUGCGCACUGCCGAUUCCCACCCGCCUCCGCUACGCGCCGAACUUCUUCCUGCACCCGUACAUCGACAGGAAUCUCAAUGGAAACGCGGGGCCGCCUACUCCCACUAUCGUGCGUCGGAAGGACCCAGAAGCGGCGCUCCUCUCGCUCAAGCCGAAGUUACGCUACCUUGACUCGCCGGACCAGCCGUUCCGGCACCCGCACCGUUUCGAGGUCGUCGUAACCGCGCCCGAAGGAGAACGCCACGAGUCGUACUGGCACAUCCAGCCGUGCCCCGAGGAGGCUCCUUGCUUCCACGUCGAUCCUGCUCGUCUUCGGCCUAUCAAGAGGCGCCGCGGGAAGGAGAAGGUCAUCAAGCCUAUAUAUGCCUACGUCCUCGACCGUGCUGCUGAUUACAGGCAACGCAAGCCUCCGACUGUCUUCGAGCGAGACAUCACGCGGACCGCGUACGCCGGUAGGGGAGACCGGGAGAUAUCUGGCACCCUCUCCAAGCCCAUCUCUCGGCAGGGCUUCGAGUACCAGAAGCCACAACGCCUGUCGCUCCGCAAGCGCAUCUUCCUCUCCCGCAAGAAGAAGGCAGAGUGGCGCGACAUUCGUCGCCCCGACCCCCGCGCCGCAGCGCUCUUGAAGGAGGCUCGGGAGGAGCUUGGGGACGUUGAAGCCCCUGGCCAGUAG